GCGGCGACCUGAUCUCCCGCCAUGAUGCACCCUUCCUCAGAGUCGUCUGCAUCUGUACCACACUCAGCAGAAACUAUAGAAAGACAGCAACCGGGAACUCUCAGCGAUGCAGCCUUCAUUCGCCAGGCGGUAUCGCCAUACUCUGCCGCACAAGUGGAUGCGUACCUCGGCAAGAUUGGUUGGUCUCCUGCACACCGCGGCUCAGAUUUCCAGCCAAACGUCGCCAACCUUCGCAAGCUAAUGCACCUGCAUCUGCUCGCAUUUCCGCAGGAUACCUCCGCGCUGCACUAGUGAGUAUCCGACGCGCCGCUCGAGACACCGUCCCGGGCUUGUCUGGCGAUCGACGUUCUCCCGGUAAUGCCAUCCGGUUUCGUUGACACAGGUUUCGUUGUGCUAGUACGCGGGAGCACCACAUGCCAGUCACGCCUCAGGAUAUGUAUGAAAGCAUGGUCGUCAGCAAUCGAGGAAGUUACUGCUUCGGACAGAACGGGCUGCUGCUUGGCAUGCUCCGAGGACUGGGCUACCGUGCAUAUGCGGCUGCAGGACGCGUCCUCGUCCCGCCUCCGCCUCCCGCUCCUCCCUCCGCGCCACCCGUGUACUCCGCGCCACACCACCUCGUACUUCUGGUCCAGCCUCACAACCCGUCGAGUCCUCUCGGGAACGUGACAUACAUGGUCGACGUAGGCUUCGGGGGAACAGGCCCCGUUCGUCCGAUCCUACUCGCGGACGGCAGCGCUAGCAACCAGCAACGUACAGCGGAUGACGGGGAGUUGGACGAGGAAUGUGUGACGAAUGGUGGAUGGGUAUGGGGGACAUAUCCGCCCGAGCGACAUCGCCUCGUUUGCGGCGCAUUGCCCGGAAGCAGCCUUGAGACUCGCUUAGGGUCAGGGCGUGCGCCCGCCCGUGACUGGCACCUCCAGGUCUCACACGCGUCUGUUCGUCCGUCCAGCGCGUCCGCACCCUCAGCAUCCGCGAAGCCGGAAUGGACCACGCUGUACUCUUUCACGGAGGCUGAGUUCUUCCAGGCCGACAUCGACGCGGCGAGCUUUGCGGUGAGCUACAUGUCGGGCUCGAUCUUCCUCACUUCCGUGAUCUGCACGCGGCGCUUCCAUGUCGCGCUGCAGUGCGCCGAGGACGAGGAAGAGGUGCGCUUGCGUGAGGACGAGGGAGGACACGAUGCUACGACACAGGCGAGGUCUGUCUCGGGAGAUUCGCUCGCAGGAGGAGCGCCAGGGCCGUUCGUUGGUAAGUGGAACCUCGAGGGCGGGAGGGCGACGAAGAGGAUCGGGCGCGGUGUCGUGCAGGAGAGGACAUUCACAACGGAAAGCGAGAGGCUGGCGAUACUGAAGGAUGUGUUUGGGGUAGGUGUUCGUCCUGAGGACGAGCAAUGGAUCGUCGGCUGGCCCGCGGCGUUGCAACCAAAUACAUUAACCUGAGAAUUUAGACGUACUAUGCGAUAUGGAACAGCUUAUUCGUUCUGGACUGCGAUGUCGAAGUCUUGCCUUCACGAACAGACUCGACAUGAAGUUGGGACCCGACUUACACUGUCUGAGGCUUCAGAGUUGAGCUGACCAACCUUAUGUG